AAAACAGUUUUAUUCAGAUGCGAGUUGGUCGGAGAGCGCGCCGGUCGCGGCCCCACUAGCCGACAAUCUUUAAAAAUAGCCCGCGAGUGAUCUUCUAAGGAACCAUUUAGGCGGGAAAUUUAAAGUGACAUUAACUGUUAUACGACUUUUAAAAAUAAUCCUUAACUGUGUGGUUACUCAGUGUGUGGAAUAUGAUUUUAAAUGGGUGGAACAAACGAAUCAACCAUCGAGUUUAUUGAAUUUUAACGAUACAUGAUAGGCUAUAUAUUCACAAUAUUAGUCUUAAACUUUACCGCGGUUACCAACUAAAAAAAAAUAUCAUGGAAAAACAAUGACAUUUAAAAAAGCGCGCCAAAAUAGUAUAAAAAUUACGACAGUGACUUAUGUGCAAUUUGAGGCAGUUUAAAUGAAAAUAGUGGAUAAAUCAAGUUCGUCUUUAUUGAGACUGGGUGCGGAAAAAGACGGGAAGAUGUCGCUGGUAGCUCCCAGACGGGUCCAACUCGAUUGGGCGCCCAGCAUUCCAUGGGAGCAGGAGCCGGCCUGCGAGAGGGAGCCAUCUUUCAAGCAGUUGGCCCCACACGCCUCACAUAGAUCAGAAUCAUCGUCAUCAUCAGCGGACACUGAGUCCCAGGGCUCGGGCCCCGCCGCCCAGCAGCAACAGCAGCCCCGUGCGCGCCGCCAUGAGCCACAGAGGGAAGAGCGGCGCGAGGAAGCCGCUAGCACUCCUAGAGUGCAACCUAAUCCUUUAUUGAGGUCGCGUACCCUUCCCAACUUCGGCGGCAAUCGUUCCCGCGAGGCGUCCCGCUGCGAUACUUCGCGGCGAGCGCACCACAUCACCAUGGCCUCCGAGGAUCUUCUGCAGCCGGGUCACGUCGUCAAGGAAAGAUGGAAGGUUGUAAAAAAGAUAGGCGGUGGUGGAUUCGGAGAGAUCUACGAGGGUCUGGAUCUGGUGACGCAAGAACAGGUGGCGCUCAAGGUGGAGUCAGCCAGACAACCAAAACAAGUACUCAAGAUGGAAGUGGCCGUUUUGAAAAAACUACAAGGUAAGGAGCACGUGUGUCGUUUCAUCGGAUGCGGUCGUAACGCGCGGUUCAACUACGUGGUGAUGCAGCUGCAGGGCAGGAACCUGGCAGAGUUGCGACGAGCUCAGCCGCGUGGCGCUUUUUCACUAUCUACUACAUUACGAUUGGGUCUACAAAUAUUAAAAGCAAUAGAUUCAAUACAUUCUGUUGGCUUUCUACAUAGAGAUAUUAAACCUAGUAACUUUAGCAUCGGUCGUCACCCGUCCAACUGUCGGCGGGUGUACAUGCUAGACUUUGGCCUCGCGCGACAGUACACCACCAGCAAUGGUCAAGUGCGCCCGCCUCGCGCCGCUGCAGGAUUCAGAGGUACGGUGCGUUACGCGUCAAUAAACGCGCACAAGAACAAGGAGAUGGGUCGUCACGAUGAUCUCUGGUCACUCUUCUACAUGCUGGUGGAGUUCGUCAAUGGACAGCUGCCUUGGAGGAAGAUCAAAGAUAAGGAACAGGUUGGCCUGAUGAAAGAGAAGUACGACUACCGUCUCCUCCUCAAGCAUUUACCAUCAGAACUACGUCAGUUCCUGGAGCACGUGCAGCAGCUGGAGUACGCGGACACACCUGACUAUACCAUGCUGACCUCACUGCUGGAGCGAUGCUGCAAGAGACGCGGCAUACGGGACUCGGAUCCUUACGAUUGGGAGAAGGAUGCUGUAGCAGCGGCAGCGGGAUCCCGCGCACGCGCAGCAUUAGCACCCACCGAGCCCGCCGCCACGGAGCCAGACCACGCGCCCGACAGACAGGCGCGUCGACGUUUGGAAACAGAAGGCACAGCUGCGGUGGCGACAGACACGCACACGCAUGCGCACAAGGAGAAGCGCACCACACCCGCCAGCCCGAGACAUGCUCACGCGCACCCCCACAGCCCUGCCACACAUCAUGUCAACGGAUAUUCUGCUACGGAUAAGGCGACCCCGGAAAAGGAAGCGGAAGCCAGAACUACACCUGCGCCUUCUCCAGACCGACAUGUUAAUAAGCAGGAAAGCGGUGCAACAAGCGCAGCUGGUGGUGGGGGCGGCAGUGUGGGCAGCGGAGGUAGUGCAGCAACGCGGCCCGAACGUCAGAGUGUACCACCCUGCAGACCCAGACCGCCACCACUCGCUGGUGGACCGACGUUGGCCAGACUCCGGGUGGUCACAGCUCCGCCCACUUGUGUACAAGAUCUGGCCCACGCACCCUCACCUUCACUGCAAGGAGAGUCAGUCAGUCCUCGGAUCAUAGCUGAUGUCGACAGCAUGCAUUCCGAUACUCACUUCAAAAGAGGUGGUCGGAGAACUGCUAGAGCGCGCGCUGAUCAGAGUUACACGCAGUUCGCAGUUAUGGAUGAUGACAAUGUCUCCGCAUUGCAACAGAUGACAAAGGGAGGUGCACUGACGCUGGUGUCGUUGUGGAAGUCGCAGUUCGACGAUUCUGAGGAGACAACCGACAACGAGUGGAAGCAGGAGCAGCUCCAGGUAUAUAAACACUCGCCAGAACAUCGAGGAGGCGGUGGUCGUGCGACCAGCGCUGUGUCCAGUUGUUCCAACGCUGCGCGUACGCAGCUGCCGGCCACGCACACGCAGCACACGCAGCCCUCACAACCGUCACAACCAACCCCACCCACACAGCAGCCGGCCCCGCCCUCACCCAACAAACCGCCCACCAACCAGAAUCAGGUAGAAGUAGUGGAGAAAGUUGAAAAGGUUGAGAAGAUAGAGAAGCCGAAGAAUGAUGCGAAUGUACGUUGCUGUUUGCACAGCGCCGGUAUUGACGCCUUCCCACACUUGCGGCCAACACUGCCGCGUAGUUGGACCUUGCCUGCUAUAGGUUCCCGCGUGAGAUCGCUUCGUCCACCUCUACUCCAGCAAGCAUCAUUUGACGGCGGUGCUGCUGGUGCUCUGCGGUACCGGCUGGAUGUGAUGCGCGGAGUGGCGGCUCGCAGCGACGGGCCCUCACCUGAACCAUCCCCGCCUAGGGCUGCAAGUUUACCUGACGUGUCUCGAUCUGGCAGCGGAUCAGCGGCAUCGGAGCGCGGAUCUGCUGCACGUGCGCGUCCUACCGAGCGCACCGUAUCCAGCCGACUUGAGAUACGCGUGCGCGCUACACCAGAACCGCACGGCUCACCAGCACACACUGGCACACAAGUACGGAUCCACUCUGUGGUGACAGGCGGUGAGCCGGUGAGACUGAACCAUGAAGAGGCGUCCGUCUACUACGAUGCUACUGAACAUCAGCGGGAUAAGAGAUCUUCAACACGUAGCGUAGAGAAGAGCCAAAGCCCAGCGGCCAUGGAGAGGACACGAUUAGAUGCGAUACAAGACAGAAGCAGUUCAGUGACACGACGUGAAGCAAACGCAGCUGGUGACAGUUCGCACAGCCUUAGAGAUCGUUCUACGUCUCGUAUCCCCGUGGCGACUGGUGGGAGUGGUGGUGUUGGUGUGGGGGGUGCUGCAGGGGGUGCGGGGGGUGCGUGCGGUGGGUGCGGCGAGGCGCGCGGUGGGCGGCUGGCUAAAUGCGCCUCCUGGAGCGGUGACGGACCGCUUUCGCCCGCACCGGACCCCAACGACCUCACACCUGCUCUACGCAGACGUCGGCAGAACGCGAACGACAAGUACGCGGUUGACCCCGCCCGGGAACUGAACCUGAGAUUUGCGCGUCCUCGUCACAGACAACCGCCACAACCGCACACCAGUAGGAGCGGUGCUCGAGGUGUGCCGGCGUUGCUGCUGGCGUCUCCGCCGGCAUCAGGCUCUGCAGCUUCGGGUGCUUCGGGCUCCUCCUCCUCGGGCUCCCCGCCGCCAGCGCCGCCGCCCGCCACCGCACCUCCACACAACGCGGCUCGAGCUCGCCGUUUCAGACCACUCUCUAUCGCUCCAUAGGAGACGGCCACCGGCUGUGACGUCACAGUUGAGAAUCCAUUCUGAGAUAGCAGAGUCAUUACAAGUACGCAAAGUGUAUUGGAAUACUUUAAAUAAUGUUAUAUUUAUGAAAAUCAAACGAUUACGUCGCAAUGAGUAUGAGAGAAAAACUUAAUGUUUUAUUCAAUUUCACGUUUAUAGUGUGACAAACUUAAUUGGCCCGGUGAGAGAUCUACUUUGGCUUAGAAAAGAAAGAUACAGAUCGUAGACAAGAAUGAACGUAGGGGCGGUAGUGAACUGGUCUAAUUACGGCUCAGUUAUGUCCACCGGGUCACAUAAGUUAGUCGAACUAUACUCAAAUGUAUCUACAGUCUAAGAAAUCAUAUCCCAAACACUUGAUGCCACACGCCAAAUGUCAAUUGUCUUGAAAAAAAUGAUAAAAAAUAU